UGAUUCUAAUACAGCAAAAUUUCAUAUUAGUAUUAUUCCUAUUAGAUAGUACAAAGAUGAUAUUUUAACGAAAUUAAGUAGUAGUAUACUUGAAAAUUCAUCUGUUCUUACAGCAGUAGAAUCAUCUGAUACAGCAAUGCUACAUACAGUAAAUUUUACUCUUCAAAGUUUGAAAAAGCAUUUUCAAGGAUCUUAUAAUAAUGAAAUUAUUCAACAAAUUAUUCCUAAAAAAAAUAAAUUUGGAGUAGCAUUUUCAACUGCAAAGACUGCAAUUAAUAUUGCAUUAGAAACUGGAUGUGAUAACGAAUUAGUAAAAUUGUUAAGAGAUUUUAUUUCAACUAAACAAAGAAGUCGAAAUGCAGUUGAUUUAGAAAAUAAUAUGGAAGUAGAAAAUAUUGAACAUGACGAAAAUCAAAAUAAUAUACUUCCUUUACAACAACAACUAAUUGAUAUAACAGCAGAUCCUUAUGUUACUAAAAUUCGGGGAGCUCCUUGUAAAAAAAGAAUAAAGAGUAGUAUUGAAGUGAUGGGAAGAAAAAAGGUAAUGCAUGAAACUUCAAAUCAUGUUAAUGUACAAGAGACUGAUGAUAGUGGAGGAACAUCAAAGUCGCAACGAAAAUGUUUGUUAUGCAAAAAACCGGGACAUUAUCAAAAGAAAUGUCCAAGUAUAAGAGAGUAAGACAGCAAGUGUGAUGUUAAUGUAACGAUAAGAUGCAGUGCAUGAUAUAUAUAGAGCGAACGUGAAAUUGUACAAUGUUGCGAUACGUUUUUUAGGGGGAAGAGAAAAAUCUAUAUAAAGAACUGCUGUCCACAGAAAGAGGAGAAAAUUCUACACGUUUUUAUUCAUUUAAAUUGU